CGUGUCAGUUCUUUCGAUAACAAGUCAUCUGUUUUAGUGUUGUGUGAUAUGUUGAAUUUCAUUUUGAUUGCGAUUUUGAUCAUUUUGUCUCUGUACUAUGUCGUUCGAAAGACCGGUCGACAGAAAGGAAAAGGGCCACCUGGACCUAAAGGCUGGCCCGUCUUUCAGAUUUUCCUGGGGUCUGAACUUCCGACUUUACAUUUAAAACUUUAUGAUUGGACUGAAAAAUAUGGAGACAUUUUUCAAUUCGAAUUCGUUGGCAAGAAAUUCAUCAGUCUAAAUUCUUCUGAAGUACUGAGAGAGGCAUUUACCAAAGAAGAAAAUUCAACCAUUACCUCCUUUCGGCCGCCGACAUUUACAGGAGAGUAUCUGCUUGAUAAUUAUGCAGAUGUUGGUUUUGCAUCUCCAGAUCCAUUGUGGACCAAACGCAGAAAACUUUAUUAUCAAUUGAUCCGUUCCUACGGAGAAGGGUUAUCUAUCAUUGAAUCCCAAAUAAAAGAGAACCUCCAAUCCAUGAAAAAGGACAUUCGAUCAACAGGAAACAGAAAUGUGGAUCCCAGUAGCAUCGUGGAAGAAUUCAUACUUAAUACCGUUGAAGUUCUGGUCAUAGGACGAAGCUUUGGUAGAAAGGGGGAACUGCAAAAGAUCUUAAGGAAACUUGACCACCUUGUCAACAUAAUAACCAACCCUGGAUAUGACAUCUUGUAUGGGUUCUUACCAUUUCUGCGAUUUCUUCCACUUCCCAUGUCUUUGAAGAUGAAUGAGUUUCGUAGGACAAAACAAGUCAUGGUGGACUACCUUGAAACUUUGUCGAAAGAGGAAACCAUGGAAAAGGGAAUCUAUCACACACUGAAAGACGUUAUGAAAGAAAGGGAUGAGCACGGCAAUCAGUGGUUUACACAAGAAAAUCUGUCGAAUCUCUUAGUGAAUUUAGUAGCCGCUGGUUACCUGACAACACGAGGGACAGUCAUGUCCAUGAUACAAAUCCUUGCAAAAAGACCAGAACUUCAGAAAGCUUUACAAAGAGAAAUGGAUAAUGUGAUAGGGUUUGACAGAGAACCUUGCCUCGAUGAUAGACAUAAAUGCCCGCUUACCGAAGCUGUAAUUCUAGAAACACUCCGUUACAUUUCACACGUUCCACUGGCCAUCUUUCAUGCAACGUCCCAGGAAACUACAAUCGCUGGUUACACUAUAGAGAAGAAUACAGUAAUCAUACCAAACCUGUGGACAAUGCAUCUCCGCGAAAAAGAGUGGGAGCAACCAUUUACUUUUAAACCGGAGCGCUUCUUAGACGCGGAUGGAUUAUUAUUGCCGGCCAAUGAUCCCGUCAGGAAAAAGUUUUGUGCUUUUGGAACAGGGAAGAGAAAUUGUAUUGGUGAAGUGUUCGCAAAAUCACGCAUAUUUCUAUUUCUGUCGACUUUAAUGCAACAGACAACGAUUUUCGAGCCCGAUGGAAAAUCGAUACCGGAUCUUCGACAGAGAGAAAUGCUUCCUGGCAUCGUUUUACAGCCACAGCCGUACGAAGUUCGUUUUGUUCUUCGACAAAAGAAAUGGAAUACAGUAAGCAAUGUAAACGUAUCUCAAGGUUCCUAUUACACUACAGAUGCCUUUUUAUAAAUUGCACGCAUGUAUGCAUGAAAGGUGAAGAUAACGAACGGUGAUCAAUUUCAAAACUCUUAAAAGGAAUAAAAAAUAAAGAAGUGGGCAAGCACAGACCCAUGGACAUACCAAAGGUAUGAA